AUUUUCAGUUUUUUUCUUCAAACGGCUAUAUAUGAUCUAAAACAUGGUGGAGCUUCGCUGUCAAAUCUCUCUGUUUUUUUUAAUAAUCAAACUAAUAUUAUACUUUUUCAAAUAAGCAAAUAAUUACGAGAUUAGCCUCGCACUGAACUUCAAUUCUCUCUUUCCUUUUUUCCGUUCGAUGAGAGCUUAAGCUCUGCCGCGUUUUCGUUCUCCGAUCUUUUUCCAUUUUUAUCAGUUUCUUCUCUUCCAAAUUAGGGUUUUUCUUUUCAGUCUUUGGGAAUGAUUUUGAUGCGGUGAAAAAGUUUUUUUUUUUUGAGGGGGAAGGAUUUCUGGGUUUGCUCUUAGGGUUUUGUCUUUUCAAUCGCCGGAGCCUGAAAUAAUCCGGCAGAUAUGGCGUCUGAAUUGCCGAUGAGCCCUCAUUUGGAGCAGAUUCACGGAGAAAUCCGUGACCAUUUCCGAGCCCUCGCGUAUGCUUUCUCUUAACUAUCUCUUCAAUUUUUCAUUCGAGUGUACGUUAUCGACAAGACUAUAGAUUUUUUGGGAACUAGAUUUGUUAGGAGAUUGAAUUUGAGUUUCACAGACGAGAAAAUAAGAGUUGGGAUAGUGAAUCUGAGGCACAAGUCUUAUGAUUUUUUUCUUUAAAAGUGAGAUUCAACAUUGAUAUGCAGGAAUGGCUUCCAGAGGUUGGAUAAGAUCAAGGAUUCUAGUAGACAAAGCAAGCAACUCGAAGAACUUGCUGAGAAGAUGAGAGACUGUAAAAGGUUGGUUAAGGAGUUUGAUCGUGAACUCAAAGAUGGGGAAGCUCGAAAUUCUCCUCAAGUAAAUAAGCAAUUGAAUGAUGAGAAACAAUCUAUGAUUAAGGAACUCAACUCUUAUGUUGCACUAAGAAAAACGUACUUGAAUACACUCGGCAACAAGAAAGUUGAACUUUUUGAUACUGGAGCUGGAGUCAGCGGUGAACCCACAGCUGAAGAAAACGUCCAAAUGGCUUCAACAAUGUCAAACCAAGAGCUUGUCGAUGCUGGAAUGAAAAGGAUGGACGAGACUGACCAGGCUAUUGAACGUUCUAAACAGGUUGUGCAUCAGACACUCGAAGUUGGCACUCAAACUGCAUCUAACUUAAAGGGACAGACGGAUCAAAUGGGCCGCGUUGUAAACGACCUAGACACAAUUCAGUUCUCUCUUAAGAAAGCUUCGCAGCUGGUGAAAGAGAUAGGAAGACAGGUAGCUACAGAUAAAUGCAUAAUGGCGUUCCUGUUUCUGAUUGUCUGUGGUGUUAUAGCUAUAAUCAUUGUGAAGAUCGUGAACCCAAACAACAAAGACAUCAGAGACAUCCCUGGACUAGCUCCUCCAGCGCAAUCGAGAAAGCUCUUGUACUUCAGAGAAUAGCCUUUUGGCAGGGCCGAGAGGGAAGGUUUGGUGCAUAUUACACUUGCUGUUGCGUGUGUGUUCAUUCUUUCAUGAAAGAGGGCUUGUUUAUGUCAUUUAAAUUUGAGCUUUCAUUAGAGUUUUGUAUCAUAUAUCAUCAUUCUUUAACUUAUGACCACAUGUUGUAUAAUUUUAUACCAAGUUCAAUAUAUUUUAUAAGAUCCGUUUUAUUGUCCA